AAUAAUAAUAGCAGUAGCAGUAAUGACCCAAGUGCCCCCCUUUUUAUUUGUGCCUCUCCACCCACUGUGCACUUGGCUCGUGAUCUUCCACAAGUGUGUCCUUCCUUUUGCCCCCCUUCGCGCAGCAACCCAGAUGUUCUCUCGUCUCGCGGUUGGGGUUACGAGCCACCCGUUGGCGAGCAUCCCUCAGUGGUCACCCCUUAGCGGUGUGUAGCUUCUCCCCCCGCAGCUCCUCAGCCAAAUAAUGCGCAACAUCUUCCCCCUCACGCUGCUGUAUAUCACCCUGAGUAAUAUCCCCACAGCACACGCCAAGGUCUGCGCACCUGUUCCUUCCUACAUUACACACAACAGCAGCAGCAACGCCAAGCAUGCCGUAGCCAGGCGAAAGAACAGAACACGGGCCAGGCGGAAAAACAGAGUACAGGCCAGGCGGAAAAGCAGAAUACAGGCCAGGCGGAAAACCGUCAAAUUUGAAGAUGUCGUCACCCAGAAAGACAUCUCCACGAUUAACCUGAUCGUGUUAGCUCUGAUGGAGUUCCAAAAACAACACAACAGCAUGGUCGUCCCGGAGAACUACAUCCUGAAGUCGCAGGAGAAUGAAGACCUGAAGAACUUCAAGCUGUGGAAGAAGCUGCAGGAUAUUAAAAAGGAGAAGAGCGAAAAGAAGAAGAAGUACAUUUACUUCGUCCUCAAGAAGAUGGCCUUCCCCCUGGGCAGCCUAUUUAGCGAAGCCGAAAUGCAGGAGUUCGAAAAGGACGACGCCGAAAUAACGACCAUGUCAAAUUUGUCCACGGAGGAAAACGUGCACUACGACUUUGACGAGCGGCAGGAAGUCAGGAAGGAGCUCUUCUCCCUGUACGUCAGAAAGGCGAAGGACAAAGCGGGCGAAGACGUGAAGGACUUCCUCGCGUCGUACAAGUUCGUUCCCAAAAUAGCCGAGCAGAACGCCCUCCCCAGCUACUCAAACAAAGGCACAAGGAAAAAGGGAAUCCUCAAACGGGUUCUAGAGAACCUAAAGCAAGACCAGACAUUCCGCUCCAAUUACGAUUACUACUACGACCACAUCUACAUGAACCUUAAUGAUAAGGACGUCGAUCAUUACAUCUCGUUUGUUAUGAAGUAUAAGAGGACCCAUGGGGCUGAGUACGACGCGUUUGUCAACGGCAGGCCUUCCCUUUCGAACGAGCCCAACCCGAAAGAAAAAAAGUUCUUGCUCUACACGCGGAAGGAGACGGAGGGAGCCCACGCGUACGACUUCGACAAGUGGUCCUUCGCCGACUUCGUAGAAGCCCUUGUCUACUUCAACGACCUUUACAUUGACUUGAACCGGGAGCGGUACGAGAGGUUCCAGGCCGACCCAGGACAGAAGCAGUUGAGCCUCGUCGAUUUUAACCUCCUGGAUCCCUCGUUCGUCGUUCCGAGCGACGACACGUGGCCGAGCGAGUGGCACGGCAUGCCCCUGGGCAUGUACAUCAACCAGUUGCGGAUGGGCGACAUCGACGGGAAGUUCCACUUCAUCAGAAGAAAAAUUUUGGACUACCUCCUCUUUGAUUUCAAGCCGGAGGAAUUCGAGCAGAAAUAUAUCAAUUUCACGUGGAGGAAACUGUACCUCGGCCUGGCCUGGUUCAUCCACACCAGGGGACACCCCAUAGUAAUCACCCCCAUGGAUAGGAUUCAGUUCGACACGUUUGCCAUGGACUUUUGCAAGCCGGAGGAGAUUCAAGGACUUCGCCUGGGGUUCCUAAUCAUUCAAGCGCAAGCCCACGAGAAGAUUUUCUGGAAUAACUACCAAGAUAGAUUCGACUUUAUGAAGGGCCUCGAAAUCAACAUUAGAAGUGCGGACGAGUUGAUUUUUUAA